AUCGUUUCAGGCACAGGCGGUUAGGGUAUCCGAAUCCCUAACCUUAAUUUUAAAUUACGAAAUAAUUCGAAUUGAAAAUCCACAGGUAUGAUCUUCGAGAAGAUAGAUUUACAAUAAACCAAUUUUACUUUUUAAUAUACAGUGAUGAAUAUUUACCCAGGUUUUCUCCGUUCUCCGUUAAAUGAAAUAAAGGUUACGAAAUUCAAACUUUAUUUGCUGAGAACAUUUUGUUCAGAAAUUAUACACAGCUUUCCCAGCAUACCAGAAAUCAUCAGUGAAGAGAACAAGAAUGAAUGCAUGAGAAGAAUUCAAUCAAUUAGAAUUUCACCCAGAGAAUUGACAGAGAAUAAUAGAAAAAGAGCUGCUGUUCUAAUACCGUUAUGUAUUAUAGACAAACAACUAUCUUUCCUCUACACCCUAAGAAGAGAAAAUUUAAAAAGACAUAGGGGUCAAGUUUCUUUCCCUGGUGGUAUUGAAGAUUCAACAGAUAAUACUCUAGUUGAUACUGCACUAAGAGAAACUGAAGAAGAACUAGGAGUCAGCAAAGAAUCUGUCAAAGUUUGGGGGUCGGGAUCAAUUGUUGUUGGAAAUGAAUUCAGUGUUUUACCUGUGUUGGGUUAUUUAGGUCCAUUGAAUUUGAAUCAGUUAAAACCAAAUCCUGAUGAAGUUGAAAUGGCUUUUACUAUACCACUGCAGCACUUUUGUACAGAAGAUAAUUGUAGAUAUACUCAAUUUCGUUACAGCGAUGCCAAAGGAUAUGUUCUACCUGUGUAUAUUAAUGGCAGAUGCAGGGUUUGGGGAAUUACUGCUUUAAUUACUCAUAUUGUUUUAACUUCUCUUCUACCCAACCAUUAUAAACAAAAACUGGAGUAUAUCAAACCAUUGGUCUUACAUCCGCCUGUGUUAUAAUGAAGUCCUUUUUGUAAUUAUUUGUUUAAAUAGAAAAAUAAUUCAUGUAAAUUUGUUUAUCAUUUCCAUAUGGAAGUAUUGUUUUAUUAAGCUGACAAAAAAAAAAUUAUUGACAUAACAUGAUUGUUAAUUAUUUGAUUAAAUCUUUAAUUGUCGUAAUGUAAAAUCUAAAAAAAUAGCCCAAAAUGAAUCAAACCAAGGAACAAAAAGGCAAUAACCCUUCCAAAGGUAUAAAUGUAUAAAAAAAAAUUUACAUAUUUUUAUUAAUACAAACAUGUUAACAUUAGAAAAUUGUUUUUUUAAAACAAUUAAUGGCUGUGUUUGUUGUGUAACGUAUUUAUGUAUUACGUAUUGUUGAUCCUGUUAUGUAUUAUUGAGCCUG